GCACCACCUUCCAUGGUCAGUAAUGAACAACGCCAGCAUGCAGAGCAUAUAUUCCUAUCAUUUAGGAAAUCCAAAUCACCAUUUGCAGUUUGCAGGCAUAUUUUGGUUCUUCAUGCUUUGGAAGUAACAGUUGAAGAGAGGUGAGGAAAGUUUGUGAAAAUUGUGAUCGGUGAUUAGCUGCCACCUGCCUGAGGUGUCUUCUGAGAGGAACUAACCUCUUUGUGGUGCUAGAGCAAGGUCACUGGAUUAAAAACAGAACAGAAACCAGUAAAGUGGACUAUGUCCUUUUCCAAGCUGCCACAGCCAUAAUGGAAGCCGUUGUCCGGGAGUGGGUUCUCUUGGAGAAAGGCAGCAUCGAGUCGCUGCGAACAUUCCUCCUAACCUAUGUCUUGCAGAGGCCUAACCUCCAAAAGUAUGUUCGGGAGCAGAUUCUAUUAGCAGUAGCAGUGAUUGUAAAAAGAGGAUCAUUAGAUAAGUCAAUUGACUGCAAAAGCAUUUUCCAUGAAGUCAACCAAUUGAUAAGUAGUGGCAAUCCCACUGUGCAAACUCUGGCCUGUUCUAUUCUAACUGCUCUGUUGAGUGAAUUCUCAAGUUCAAGUAAAACUAGCAACAUUGGACUGAGUAUGGAAUUCCACGGUAACUGCAAACGAGUCUUUCAGGAAGAAGACCUUCGCCAGAUCUUCAUGUUAACGGUUGGAGUUCUGCAGGAGUUCAGCAGGCGGGAGAACCUCAGUGCUCAGAUGUCCUCAGUGUUUCAGCGGUACCUUGCACUUGCCAACCAAGUCCUGAGCUGGAAUUUUCUCCCUCCAAAUUUGGGCAGACAUUAUAUAGCUAUGUUUGAAUCCUCACAAAAUGUGCUGUUGAAGCCAACAGAGUCCUGGCGGGAGACUCUUCUGGACAGCAGAGUUAUGGAGCUUUUCUUCACAGUACAUCGAAAAAUCAGAGAAGAUUCAGAUAUGGCCCAGGAUUCUCUGCAGUGCCUUGCCCAGUUAGCUUCUCUGCAUGGACCCAUCUUCCCCGACGAAGGAUCCCAGGUUGAUUAUCUGGCACAUUUCAUUGAGGGUUUGCUGAGCACAAUCAACGGAAUUGAGAUAGAAGACUCUGAAGCUGUAGGGAUCUCCAGCAUCAUUAGCAAUCUGAUAACUGUGUUCCCUCGGAAUAUUUUAACUGCCAUCCCCAGUGAACUUUUCUCCUCCUUUGUUAACUGCCUCACACACCUCACUUGUUCUUUUGGGCGGAGUGCUGCGUUGGAAGAAGUGCUUGAUAAGGAUGACAUGGUAUACAUGGAAGCAUAUGAUAAGUUGCUGGAGUCCUGGCUGACUUUGGUCCAAGAUGACAAGCAUUUCCAUAAAGGCUUUUUUACACAACAUGCAGUUCAAGUUUUCAAUUCUUACAUUCAGUGUCACCUUGCUGCUCCAGAUGGCACGAGGAAUUUGACUGCCAAUGGUGUGGCCUCUCGAGAGGAAGAGGAAAUAAGUGAACUCCAAGAAGAUGAUCGAGAUCAGUUUUCUGACCAACUAGCCAGUGUAGGAAUGCUGGGAAGAAUUGCUGCUGAACACUGUAUGCCUCUUCUGACAAGUUUAUUAGAAGAAAGGGUAACAAGACUCCAUGGUCAGUUACAACGACAUCAGCAACAAUUACUUGCUUCACCUGGAUCAAGCACCAUUGACAACAAAAUGCUUGAUGAUCUCUAUGAAGAUAUCCACUGGCUUAUUUUAGUUACAGGCUACCUCUUAGCUGAUGAUACUCAGGGAGAGACUCCGCUAAUACCUCCAGAAAUAAUGGAAUAUUCCAUUAAGCAUUCAUCUGAAGUUGACAUUAAUACAACACUUCAAAUUUUGGGAUCUCCAGGAGAAAAGGCUUCUUCCAUCCCAGGGUACAGCAGAACAGAUUCUGUGAUUAGGCUGUUGUCUGCUGUGCUAAGAGUCUCAGAAGUUGAAUCUCGAGCAAUAAGAGCAGACCUCACCCAUCUACUAAGUCCUCAAAUGGGCAAAGACAUCGUUUGGUUUCUAAAACGCUGGGCCAAGACUUACCUCCUGGUAGAUGAAAAACUGUAUGAUCAGAUAAGUUUGCCAUUGAGCACAGCAUUUGGAGCAGAUACAGAAGGUUCCCAGUGGAUUAUCGGCUACCUCUUACAGAAAGUCAUCAGCAAUCUGUCAGUCUGGAGUAGUGAGCAGGACCUUGCGAAUGAUACUGUGCAGCUCCUUGUCACUCUGGUGGAAAGAAGAGAAAGGGCAAACUUAGUAAUUCAGUGUGAAAACUGGUGGAACCUAGCAAAGCAGUUUGCAAGCCGAAACCCACCUCUUAAUUUCUUGUCAAGUCCAGUGCAGAGGACACUGAUGAAGGCCCUGGUCUUAGGAGGAUUUGCACAUAUGGACACAGAAACCAAGCAGCAGUAUUGGACGGAGGUUCUGCAGCCUCUGCAGCAGCGAUUCCUGAGAGUGAUAAACCAAGAGAACUUUCAGCAGAUGUGUCAGCAGGAGGAAGUCAAGCAGGAGAUCACUGCCACACUGGAGGCCCUGUGUGGCAUUGCUGAGGCCACUCAGAUCGACAAUGUAGCCAUUCUUUUUAAUUUUUUAAUGGACUUCCUUAACAAUUGCAUUGGGUUAAUGGAAGUAUACAAAAAUACUCCAGAAACUGUCAAUCUCAUUAUAGAAGUUUUUGUUGAAGUUGCACAUAAACAGAUAUGCUAUCUUGGAGAGUCCAAAGCUAUGCAUUUAUAUGAAGCCUGCCUUACUUUGUUGCAAGUAUAUUCUAAGAAUAAUUUAGGGCGGCAAAGGAUAGAUGUUACAGCAGAAGAAGAGCAGUACCAGGACCUGCUUCUUAUUAUGGAGCUUCUCACCAACCUUCUCUCAAAGGAGUUCAUAGACUUCAGUGACACAGAUGAAGUGUUUAGAGGACACGAGCCAGGACAAGCAGCAGGCAGAUCUGUAUCAGCAGCUGAUGUCGUCUUAUAUGGAGUGAACCUUAUUCUGCCCUUAAUGUCACAAGAUCUUUUGAAGUUUCCAACCCUUUGUAAUCAAUAUUACAAAUUGAUCACAUUUAUUUGUGAGAUUUUUCCUGAAAAAAUACCCCAGCUUCCUGAGGAUCUGUUUAAGAGUCUGAUGUAUUCCCUAGAACUAGGAAUGACGUCAAUGAGUUCGGAAGUAUGCCAACUCUGCCUUGAGGCCUUGACACCAUUAGCUGAACAGUGUGCUAAAGCACAAGAAACGGAUUCACCACUCUUUGUAGCAACUCGGCAUUUCCUUAAGCUGGUUUUUGAUAUGCUGGUCUUGCAAAAGCACAACACGGAGAUGACUACUGCAGCAGGAGAAGCUUUCUACACAUUGGUGUGUUUGCACCAGGCUGAGUAUUCUGAACUGGUUGAGACAUUACUGUCAAGUCAACAAGACCCAGUCAUUUACCAGAGAUUAGCAGAUGCCUUCAACAAGCUCACUGCAAGCAGCACUCCUCCUACCCUGGAUCGGAAGCAGAAGAUGGCCUUCCUAAAGAGUUUAGAAGAAUUUAUGGCAAAUGUUGGUGGUCUCCUUUGUGUAAAAUAAACAACAGAGCUAUAUGCUUAACUUAGAUCCUUUCUGCAAAGUGCACUGAAUUGCUGAAAGUUGACUUGAGUCUUGUCCUGUUCCUCAGUUCAUUUGACCAUUUUGGAUUUUGGAGAGCCUGAGACUUUGACGUGGAGAUGGUGAAACAGGAGAGGUCAACUUGAGAUCAGCUUCUGUCAUUAGGUGUUGGCCAUGAUCUGCCAUAUACUUGUCUUCUAGAUUCUGAAUGGUGAUUUAAAAUUUUCAAAAUGCAAUUCUGUGUAUGUGCAUACAGAUAUGGGCACCAUGAAAUUCAUAUUCAGUGCCUUUUCCCCUUUUAUCAAAGCAUAGAUGGCUAGCCAAAGUUGAUAUGUUCUUGGCGUUAUUUUUCAAAAUGUCUCCCUCAUCACUUGAGCUGGUUGUAGGAAUGGAUUCUUGGGCCCUGCUGUGCAUCAUCAGAAUAUUUGGUUGUUAGACUCUGCAGUCUCUAUUUUAGUAAGCUCCCACCCCCAUCGUUACCCUCAAAGUUUUGAAUCAAUGCAAGAGAUGCUAUAAGAGAUUUUGUGCUUUCCAACAUUUCCUUCCUUCAGUGAUUAUGCAGGAAGAAAAGUCAUCACCAGGUGUUUGUUAGUUUCACAGUUCAUCUUUUCCCUGCUUCCUCACUUCCUUCCCUUUCAUCCUCAGUGUUGCAGGUUUUGUAUAAUUAUUGCAGGUUUCUAAUCAGACUGUGAUGCCUGAACUUGAGGAAAAAGUGUGUAUAUUUUUGUUCCAUAAGAAUAACUUUAGGAACUGUAGCCAUUUCAUUGCCUUAAUUUUAAGAGGAAAAGAGAAACCAGAUUUGUUUUAGAGCGAAAUUAAGCCUUGACACUUAAAAGUUGGCUUAGGGUAUUAGCUGCUAUGAACCACUUGCCCCUUUGAUUAUGUAUUUAUGUAAGUUUAUCAGUGAAAUGAAAGGAGCAUCCCUGUGUGGUUACCUUUCUCAGUGUGUUUCUGUCCAGCCACACAGCCCAUAUCUAUUCUGAAUGGCUUGCUUAAGCAAUAACUUUUUACUAAUUGCAUAGACUAUUGCACAUUGGGGCAUUAGGGGCAAUAAUUAUGCUAAAGUGGGUGUUAUCCUCAUGUCACAGGAGCCACACUAAUUCAAUUUCAAAGACUAAAAAUUUAACCUUAGCUAGGCAUGGUGGCACAUGCCUAUAUUCCUAGCAUUUAGGAAGCUGAGUGUGAUGGCCAGGCUAGUCUAGGGACAAAGUAUGAUCCGUCUUUUAAAAAGAGAAAAAUUCACUUUAGAUUCUCUGGCUUUUCUAAUCAGGAUUUUUAUACUGCUGCCGUGUUCCUCUUAAUUUUUGUGCCUGCUUUAAUUAUUGAAAGGAAAGCUCAUUUAUACACAGCAGGCCUCUGACCUGCCCACUGCUGAACAGGCACACAGUGCAGUGGCAACAAGAGGUCUCUACCCAGGUGCAUCCGAGACUGCCGUGGAGGGGCAGGCUCCUCUGCUGAUCUUUACACCUCUCUGCUAAAACAUCCAGAGGUACUGGCCUCCUGCCUGAGCUGCACAGUGUGUGCAUCUUAACAGGUGAUGCUCUGGGAAUUUUCUGUAACGGUAUAGACAGAGCAUCUAAAUUCCAUCCCCCCUGUACAUGUGACGGUAGGUGUGCACGGAUACAAAGCUGAGGGCCGUGAGUUUAUUGAGAAUCCUUUAUUGGUCACCAUUUAGUAACAGUAAGUACGGAGAGAAAAAAUCUAAACAUUGCAAAGAAGAAAAACAAUAUUCUUUUAACUACAUGCUUUCUAUUUUAAAUACUUGGAAAGGUUGUUUUUAGAGCUUUUUUUUCCUCUUUACUUGAAGUGAUCUGCAGCAGCAGUCACUCUGUUCUCUCGUUCUUGAUGUUUGUGUUUCCUCAGCAGGUGUUGUUUGUGUGUACCUGUGUGUGUGAAGGGUAUGGGCCUUUUGCCAGAAGGCCCUAAGAUGCAACCGAAUAGAUAGGUCACUGCCAGGACAGAGCAGUUACCAAAUUCAAGUAGACAUGUGUAUGAAUGCUUUGGUAAAUAAUCAGGCAUCUUCUAUGUAUAAUAACUUCUAUUCAGACAGAACUAUAUUUAUUAAAUUUGCCCAGAUCCUGGUAUGAUGCUCCAAUUCUGUUACACCUUCAAAGACUUAUUUUAGAUUGGACCAAAUAAUGCUCAAAUGAUCACCAGAAUGUUGAUUAGUGGCAAACUGAGGCUAAAAAGACACCGCCAUAUUUUAGAUAAUGGGACUGCCACUUGUUGUACCACCUAGACAUUUCAGGGUGUUUGUGUAUUUUGUUUGCUUUAUUCAGUGUUUAGUUUGUUUUAUUUUGCCCAGUUUUGUUUUUAGCUUUGUUUACUAGGGCGUCAUGAACUUCUGACCUUUAUAAAGGCUCUACUUUCUUGAUGCUCUUGCUCCAGUGAGUGUUGAGGCCACUGAAUUCAUGCUUAAGAGCUACUUUUUCAAAUUAAAACUGACUGUUAAGUUGUUGAAAAUAUUUUUGAAACAAAAGCUAUAUGUGCCCUUUUAAAAUACGUAUUAAAAGGACGCUGUUAAGUAUUUGAUUUUUUCAAUUUUUGUGUUAAAUUUCAUUUGUUCCUAGAGUAUCUUUUGGCCUCUAUUUUUUCAGUCCUUUUGUUUACUUUGCCUCAUUUUAUGCUUAUUCACCAUUGUUUCCCAGGGCACAAUCACUGAGUAGUCACACGGUCACUAGGGAGGCUGCGUGCCAACAGUGGUGCUGAUGUAGCAGCUCCUGCCACUGGGCUCUGUAGGGCUCUGGAAACGGUAGGGAUUGAUGUCUUUGUGUUGGGUUGCUGGCUCUCUGGAUAGCUCAGCUAAUUGAUAGUAUUUGACAGUGUCCUUUCCAACAUAGUAGCUGACUCUUAUUCUGGUGGAAGACUGUUACGUCAACAUGACUGCACUGUUUUUGUUGGGUACAAAUGACAUUUUGUGUAUACUUUGUAAUUUUUACCCCAAACUUAACUUUAAAACUUCAGAUUUAUUAUAUGGAAAAAUAUCUCUUACUCUGUUCAGAUGAGUUAAUUACUACUCUGUCACAGUUUUACCCAAAAACCAAACAGAUACAGUUUUCAACACUUUUUUGAAGCUCCUUCUGUAUAGUCAACCUAUCUUUUGUUUGUUAAUAAUUGUAUCAGUCCCUCAAGGACUGAAGGGAAGCUAGCUGUCAGUUUUGAGUUUUCGGGCCAGAGUCCCUUAGGGGAUAGAUAGUGUUGAUUGAACCCUGAAAAUAUUUUUCUUACAUUUUUACAUACAUUUUGUUUGUUAUCUCUGUUAUUAGAGGUAAUUGUCAUUGGCCCUUCCUAAGGUCAGCUGUGUCUUACAAGUAAUUAUCAAUAUUGGUUUCUGAAUAAAACAUGCAGCAUUUCAAGUCUGAAGGAACUGCAGUGUUAUGCAGGGGUGUCUCUCUUUUUUUUUUUUUUUUAAGGAAGAGUAAUGAACUUAUUUGGAUAUGAGGUUUUUAAUAUUAUAAUUUUCUACAAAAGUUCCCACAGGAUAACAGAGAUGAUUUGGGGAUGUAAUAGUAUUUUAAAUUAUUUGAAAAUGUAAGUAUAUGUUCUCUUGACUUUUUCUGAAACACUGCAUUUCUUUAAAACUUGACUUUCUAGAACUAGAAAGAAAAAAAAUAUCCAAAUUAGACAUCUUGUUGCAUUUAAGUUUAUUUAAAGGGCCGUGGCUCAGGUUGAAUUUCAUUUUACUUUCUGCAUAAGAACUGUGGCGUCUUCCCGAGUGAUUAUAAUGGGAAACCAUGACAUUUGUAGCCAAAGAAUAUAUUUGGUUCAGGUAAAACUAGAAGAUUAAUAAUGGACAUUCAUUUUGUUACUUUUGAAGAUGGAUGAAGAGAUGUUUCUAUUGUGUAGAUGUGUAUGUGGAGUUGUGAAGACUAAGGUCUUCAGCUGUGGUGGUGAUUCCCGCCUGCAGAGUGGGAGGUGUAUGGCUGGCAUUUGGCAGCUCCCUGACCCACUGUGGCCUGUUCUUCACCUGUUUCCAGAACUUCCCAGUUGUGGGAUGAUUUGGAUUUCUUGUCCUGUCUGCAUUUUAGGCCUUUUAGCUAUUAGGAGCUGUCAGGUGUGUUCUGGCGGCAAAUUACCCUAGCUUGAAGUAAUUUACCAUGUCUGCACUAUGUACCUACUGGGGGUGGGGGUGGGGAAUCUGACCUCAAGUGUGCUCUGAGCCCAGGUUUCCUGGUGUGGUGUCUUUUACCACGAAAUUAUGACAAAUUGCAAAUCCUGGUAUGGUGAUCUUGUUCUCUGUACAAAGAAAGAAGCUCUGUGCAGUGAGCUGUGGUUUAGUGGCCACAGAGUGUCAGCACGUGUAAUAUUUUUACAUUUCUAAAGAUUAAACUUUUAAACUUACACUAAGACUUUUUAGUUUUUUUUUUUAAGAGACCCAGGGAUGAGUAUACUGUUUAAAUAUUUACCUCUAUUAAUAUAACUAAUGAAGGCAUUUAAUUUUUCAAAAGAUACUGCAGUAUGAUUUUAGGAAAUAAACCUAAAUGUGUUGAACCGAUUAUAACCUGAAUAUCAAAUUGAUAAAACUUUAUUUGUAUUUUUUAAUCCAUCAAUGGGCUUUAAAAUAUGUGUUUUCACUAAAUAUUUUUAUUACAUUUUUGGUUUGACCAUGUGUGAUUUAUUCAUGGGUGCUGUCUUAAUCAGGGUUCUAUUGCUGUGAAGUGACACCAUGACAAUGGCAAUUCUUGUGAAAGAAAGUGAUUAAUUGGGGCUGAUUUACAGUUUCAGAGGUUUAAACAUUAUUAUCAUGGUGGGGAGCAUGGUGCAUCCAGAUCUGCAGGCAGCAGAAAGAGAACCUGUCUUGGAGCCCACUUCUUAACACACUUCCUCUAAUAAAGCCACACCUCCUAAUCCUUUCAAAUAGUGUCACUCCCUAGUGACCAAACAUUCAAAUCUAUGAACCUAUAGGGCCAUUCUUAUUCACACCACCACAUUUUACUCCCUGAUCUCUAUAGGCUUUUAGCAAUAUCAUAAAGACUGCAAAAUUCUCCAUAGUCUAUUAUAGCAGUCUCAACAAUAUUUAAAAAUUUCAAGUCUCAAAAAAAAAAAAAAGGUCUCAAGUCUCUUCUGAGACUUAAUGGAGCUCCCUUAAAUGUAAUCCCCUGUACAAUAAAAAAGUGGGUCAUAUACAUCCAACAUAUAGUAACAGGAUAUACAUUACCAUUCCAUAGAGGAGCAUAGGGAGGAAAUACUGGAACAAAAACAAGAACAGAAACCACUAGGGCAGACUCGUUGUCUGGUGUCAAAGUGCUCUUCAGAUCUCCAUCUCCUUUCAGCUUUGUUGAUUGUAGCACACAUCUCCUCUUCCCUUACUCUUGCUUCCCCCCCCCCCCCCCGAAGCUUUUCUCAGCAAGUAUCCCACAGCUGUAACCUCAACAUCUUGGGGGCUCCAAGGAAAUCCUGGCUCCACCUUCACAGCUUCAUACAAUGGCUUCCCUGGACAUCCAUUCAGAGACGUGCCUGACAUGUUUGUGACCUCAGCAGCUUUGUUUAGUCAUGGAGAAAGAUUGCCAAAACCCUUUUAUUUUCUUUAUUUUUUGACUCUAAAGCCAGAACCAUGUGGCCAAAGCUGCUAAGCACUGCUGCUUGUUGGGGCUGGCACUUGGCUUCCUAGUUCCCUACUUCCCUUACAUUCGAACUGUUGUUCAUGGUUUCCUUUCCUGCUUAAGCUUUUCUCUAUUUCCUUUUAGCUGGGUGUGGUCUUGCCCUCAGGUUGCCAUACCCUUUAUCCCAUCUAGCAUCAGGCUUUGCUUUAAGUUUUUUGUCUCCUUGAGCACUGACUUUAGCUCCAUCACAGUUCCUGGGGCUCUUUUUUCCCUCAAACUACAUUUUCUAUUUUUCUUGCUCAAUUUGUGCCUUUUCAUUACAGAUCUGCAUAAGACUGACCAGUAGUAAUCACAUGACAGUCAAUGAUACUAGGCUGCUUGAAAUCUUCUCUUCCAAUGACAGUAAUCCACAACUUCAGUUUAGCCUUGGGCAGAUUUUUGGACAAGGGCAGAAAGCCAUAUCCAUAUUCACCAAAAUAUCACAAGAACAGUCUCAGGAACUUGAGCCAGGCCAGCCUAAACUAUAGCACUCUCUUAAAUGCUCCAGGUAUGGCCCAUUCAACCCACUUAAAGCAUUCAACAGCUUUCAUAAUCUGAAGAUCACCAACAAGCAUAUUAGUCAGGCCUGUCACAGUAAUACCCCACUCAUGGUACUACUGACUUGUUCUAUUGCUGUGAAGAGAACCAUGACAACUCUUAGCACUGGCAAUUUCAGUUUCAGAGGUCUAGUCCAUUAUCAUCAUGGUGGAACAUAGGUAGACAGGGUGCUGGAGAAAUAGCUGAGAAUUCUACAUCCAGAUCUGCAGGCAGUGGGAAGAGAGAGCAACUCUGGGCCUGACUUGGACUUUUGAAACCUCAAAGCCCACCUGCAACAAAGCGACACCUCCCAAUUCCUUUGAAAUAGUGCCACUUCCUGGUGUACAAACAUUCAAAUCUAUGAGCCUAUGGGGGGCUUUUAUUCAAAUCACUGAAGGUGCUUGGUUCUCUGUGAUGUGUAGACACUACACUAGGCAUAUUGUAAAUCGUUAAAAUUGUUUCUAAGCGGUGACUCUGAAGAGUUUGUGUGGGUGAGUACAGGGGUGGGAAGAAGUUGAAUGCCCUAGAGCUCAGGUAUGGGCAUUUGUAAGCUGAUGUGGGAACAGUAUGCGGCCUUAACAUCUGACCUAUCUCCAGCCCAGGUUCACCCCAAAUAAUUUCAAAGGAAAUAGAUGAUACAACUGAAAUCAAGACCUGCAUUACUUUGUAGGAAUAUCCCAGAAUCCUCAGGAUAUCUAGUAACUCAGAGAGAAAUCAAAAUGUUCCUAAUCAUCUCUAGUGUUCUCCCAUCCCAUGGCUUAAGAAAUAAUUUCAAUAUGAUUGGUUAAAUCGGGGGUGGGGGAAUUAAGAGUAAAGGGCUUAGGGGUUGAAGUCCUCUUUGGCCUUCCAGGGUGGUGGGGAAUUGCCAGGGUUUUUCUGCACACCUUCAUUCUUUGCUCUAUUUUAAACCCUCCAUAUACAUGGAGUAGGAACCAAAUGUCGUGUGUGUGUGUGUGUGUGUGUGUGUGUGUGUGUGUGUGUGUGCGCGCCCACGCGCGCUGCUGUGCACUCCAGAGCAUGUGAGCACACCUGGGCAGAAAGGCAAGAGGAGGAUGUCAGGUGGCCUGCUCUAUGACUCUCAGUCUUAACUCCCUAGGGUCAGGGUCUCUCAGUGAGGUUGGGUCUGGGCUAGCAGCCAGAUGCCUAGGUGAUUCUCUUCUCUCCCCCAAAUGGUGCCAGGGUUACGGACGUGCACAGCCACAGUAGGUGGAUGCUGUGGGUGCUGGGAUUUGAAUUCAGGUCCUCCUAACAUAUGCUGAACCAUCUGUUCGGCCCCAGAAGCUAAUUUCAAAAAGGAAGAAAAUGUAAUUUGAAAAUAUAUAUUUAACUUGAUUUUGUUUUGAAUAAUCAUGUUUCUUGUGUUUGGAAUUUUGUUUCCUCUCUCCAUGUUACAGGCAGAGAACCAUAUAUGUAGGCACGAAACAUCUGAGGGCUAGCUGGAAAGGUCCAAAAUAUAAAAUUGUUUUUUAAAAGUUAUAUUUAAAACUACUAAAUGGUAUUUUACGUAAAUGCAAUAUUAAAUGGUUUGGGUUUGACCUAUACAUGUUGAUUUCAUUAUGGAAAUGUUUCUUUUUAAAUAUAUUUAUUAAAUGGAAGAUUCUUGAUAGGA